AAAGCAGAGUGGGAGGUGUGUUUUGCUGUAGCGGGCUGCAUGGUCCACCGGAUGCAGUGGCGACCCGUGUCGCUGCAGUGUUGCGCUUUCCUGUUUACGGGCGGGAAGAGCGAACGUAGCUGACUGUGGAAGCUACUGGGUUUAAAUUGGCAGCACAUUUGUUUUUAAUUUUCCUUCAUGCUUAUUGGUUUGCACGUUUUAAUGAUACACGGGGCAUUGCGAGGUCUUGAGGGUACCUUUUAGGCGGGCCGUUGCUGAAAACUAGAGGGGUUUUUUGAGAGUGCGGGGCAGAUGGAGGAUCCUCCUGCAGAUUCUGGUGGUGGUGGCGGCGGUGCAGCAGCGGAGGGCCCCGCGGUGCAGGUGGCAGAUAUCUGCUGGCCGACCGGGGCUCUCCCUCUACGACUCCUGGAGUGGAAAGUCAAACCCGGGUCUCUAAUUAACGUGGACUCCGUGUUGGCACUGUGUGCUCCCAUACCUCAGGAGAAGGGGGCAGAGGCUUCCAGGCUGCCAGAGAAGAAGGUGAAAUCGGACCGUGCUGGAGUAGUCAAGGAGCUAUGCUGUCAACUUGGACAAGUCAUACCCCCGGGGGGUGUCAUCAUCAGAAUAGAAGAAUGCAGCCAUCCAAUAGUAAUGAAGGGUUUAUGUGCUGAAUGUGGCCAGGACCUGACUCAGCUGCAGAGCACAAAUGGGAACCAGCAAACUCCCAUCUCCACAGCAACAGUCUCCAUGGUGCACAGUGUUCCCGAGCUGAUGGUCAGCUCAGAGCAAGCUGAACAGCUGGGCAGAGAAGACCAGCAGAGACUCCACCGGAACAAAAAGCUGGUCUUGAUGGUGGAUCUGGACCAGACACUGAUCCACACCACUGAACAGCACUGCCAGCGUAUGUCUAAUAAGGGCAUUUUCCACUUCCAGCUCGGGCGAGGAGAGCCAAUGCUCCACACACGACUACGCCCACACUGCAAGGAAUUCCUGGAAAAAAUUGCCAAACUCUAUGAGUUACACGUCUUCACAUUCGGGAGUCGCCUUUAUGCACACACCAUUGCCGGCUUUCUGGAUCCUGAAAAGAAGCUUUUCUCUCAUCGGAUCCUUUCUCGAGAUGAAUGCAUUGAUCCUUUCUCCAAGACGGGGAAUCUUAGGAAUCUUUUCCCUUGUGGUGACUCGAUGGUCUGCAUAAUCGAUGACCGAGAGGAUGUGUGGAAGUUUGCGCCCAACCUCAUCACUGUGAAGAAAUACAUCUACUUCCAGGGCACGGGGGACAUCAACGCUCCCCCUGGAUCACGGGAAGCUCAGAUGACAAAGAAAGGGGGCCCGUCAAGUCGAUCAGCAGAGUGUGCAGAACCAGUAGGGACACUUGGUGCCGAUGAGCAAAAUAAUGGCCCAAGGAAAAGGGCGAAAGACUUUUCUGGAAAGGAAGAGUCUACAACAUCUCAAUCUUCUCAGGGAGUACCAACAAAUGAACGGACACAUCCGACAGGGGUUGUGGAAGAUGAAUCGGGGAAAGUUAAAGGGUCGGAGACUGAGGUGGAGUCUGGGGCGAGGUCGAGGGAAACUCAAGUGGGUGACAGAACAAAUGUCAAGGAAGCUGAUAGUAACAGGACACUUGUGACAAAAGAGGCACAUGACAGUGCAAACUCAUCAGCACCGGGACAUGAGUCCAAUAACUUGGACUUUGACCUUUCCAGUGACAGCGACAAUGAUUCCAUUACAGAAAAGCCUCCAUCAUCAGAGAGUGAUAGUGAAGGCAAGUCUUGCCAGGCAAAGAAAUCUGGGCAGGAUGGAGUCACAAAAGAGCAUGGGGAUGGGGAAAGUGAGAGGGACAGUAAAGGUCGAGUUGACGGUGAACCCAGCUCUGACGCAGCAGAACCUUCAGGAGUUCUUCUUCCUCACCCUGAGCUGGGUAAUGGCUGUUCUGAUAGGAGAGAGCCAGAAACAGAGUCCCAGAAUAGUGAACAAUCUGGGGUCACUAUGGGGGAAGAGCUGCUGGACCAGAGUAUGGAGGAUGAGGAGGAGGAAGAGGAAGCUGAUACCGACCAGGAUGAUCACCUGAUCUACCUGGAGGAAGUGCUGGAAAGGAUCCACGCAGAGUACUACGCACGUUAUGAGGCCUACCUGCGGAAGGAGGCCCCUGAAACGCCGGACAUCCGCAAGAUUGUCCCGGAGCUUAAAAGCAAGACACUGGAGGGCACAACGAUAGUGUUCAGUGGCCUGUACCCAACAAACUACCCCAUGGAGAGAACCCGGGAGUCCUACCAUGCCAAAGCACUGGGGGCUAAGAUUGGCAAGAAUCUGAUACUGAGCUCCCAAGAUCCCAGUCGGACGACGCAUCUCAUCGCAGCAAGAGCUGGCACCGAGAAGGUUCGCCAGGCACAAGGCUGCAAACACCUCCAGGUUGUCAACCCUGACUGGCUGUGGAGCUGUCUGGAGCGCUGGGAGAGGGUGGAGGAGCAGCUCUACCCACUGAAGGAGGACUACUCCAAAACGCCAAGGAGCAACAGUCCUGCAGCAUUCCUUGACAACCUAGGCUCCUUGCAGAAGCCUAUUUUCCACCCAGCUGCCAUCCACCACAGACCUCCACCUCCAGCCCCUGAGGUUCGGACCUACGACCCCGUCACAGGGAAGCUGAUCCGUAGGGGCCCUCAGGUGUCACGGCCACCACCCUACUCCCAGCAGUCGGGGUCCUUGUUGCUGUCUGAUAAGAGAGAGCAAACUUGUCUCAGGGGAACUUCAAAGAGUCAGCAAGAUGAUGCUGCAGGGUCUAGCCAAGACGAUGAGCAGCCGGGACCAUCUCGUCGGAAACGACAGCCGAGCAUGUCAGAAACUAUGCCUCUGUAUACGCUUUGCAAGGAGGACCUGGAGAGUAUGGACAAAGAGGUGGACGACAUCUUAGGUGAAGAGAGUGACAACGAAAGUGAGGGCCGAGGGAAGGAGAAGCCCGGUAAUGAAGAGGUGGAGGAUGACGAAGAGGAGCAGCAGCAGCAGCAGCAGCAGCAGCACCAGACGCAGACAGGAGCUGGACAGAUUGCAAGAGGAGGGCCCGGCCCUCAGGCACUGGAGGAGAGGAUGCAGACAUCAACCAGUGAGGCCAGUCUGCCAGAUAGUGUGCCAAGGGGACACAAACGAAAGCACGAUGAAGCCAAGGAGGAGGAGGAGGACGACGAGAAGAAAGAGGCAGCGGAGGAAUCUGCCGACGAGUCUUCUAAAGACUCCAACGAGGAGGAAGGCGGCAGCAGCUCAGAGGCAGACGAGAUGGCCGCUGCCUUGGAGGCGGAGCUCAAUGACUUUAUGUGACGUGGAAAAUGGAGGGACUCAGUCACAGGAAGAGGACAACAAAAAAAAAUAAAUCAGCCCCAGUCACCCCUACAAGUGGUACCUAAAAAAUCCUAUUUUUCUGCUUUGGAAUCAGUGUGUACUUAGGAUGUAUGAGCCAUGAGUGUGUGCUGUAAUAAAAAUGAAUGUCCUGUACAGAAAUGACUUGUUGCAGUGUAAAUAAAGGCUUAGAUUUUUUUGUAGCAUUGAUAUAUGGCCCUUUUUGGCAUAAAACACUUUGAUGUUAACAUUUUAUUGUAAGAUAACAAACAAUAGGAGACAUGAAUUUGAUACCUGUUUUUGUUUUACUUUUUUCUAUUUCAAUUUUUAUAUUGAUGAUGAAAAGAGACAUGAAAUUAUAAACCGUACAUUUUGCUGGUCGUACAUGCCAAAGAGUUUGGAAUAGGUUUGCCAAGGCGUGCAGCUAAACAUUUUUCUCUGGACUUCCAGUUUUACUUUCCUUUUGGCCUCAACAGUUUUUUAGGGUCGUAAAAUGCAACCAGCGGAUCUAGACGUUUGAAUGUGUUUUUUCUUGAGUCAUUUCUUCCUCAUCUUGGUGUUUGUACUUUUGAUAGCAUUACGGUAAGGUCAGUUUGUCGGUCUUUGUGAAAACCAGCCCCUCGGUGCAUUAACAGUGUGAACCGAUUCUAACUCGACUCAGAGUUUAUUACCUAGUGUUUCGUGAGUGUUUGUUCACCUGUCCCUUGGCGACGCACUUCUACAGUACUGUCGAUAUUGUGUAGUUCAGAAGGACAGGCUCGCUCACCAGACCUCUGCUUGUGUACACUGGAGCUUAAAGCUUUUGAAACCCUCAUGCCUCAUAGGGGUAAGUUCACCGAAAUUUAAAAACAAAAGUAAAAAACCCUUAGCUUUAGUGUUAUCUUGUUAUGCAGAUAGUUUGUGGGGGACUUAACAGUGGUAUGGAGGGCCCAUGGGGUUCAUAUUUUAGAAAUUAUAUGUAUAUUGAUGUGGAAAUCUUCUGAACUAAACUAAGUGAAUGGAUGGUGACUCAUUAAUGAGGCCAACAUGUUGUCACUAUUCUUAUCCACUUAGUACAGCACAUGGGCCAUUAUAGCAUUUACAAAUUCAUCUGACACUAGUCGACUGCUCAACCGUGCCUCCUACAUUAAUUUCCCAAUAAUGAUGUGCUGACAAACUUCCACUGUAGGAACAGAAACAGAAGAUAUUCAUGAACAUUUAAACAAAACCACAGUCUUUUCCAAAACCUCAACUAAAGCGUUCUUGUGGCGUAGAUAAAUGCACCGCUCGAUUCACACGUUGCCUCUGAAAAUCAUCCGACCACGUUUGUAUCAGCCACUGCGUUUAUCUACACCACAAGAACGCUUUAGUUGGGGUUUUGGAAAAGAUUGUGGUAUAGAUUUUUGUAACUGUGACUUGCCGGAUAUAUUAUAAACAGCAUUUCGACAACCUAGGCAGCUUCAGUUCCGCCAUUAGAAUGAAAGUGUGAAUGGGUAGAUGAGAGACGAGACGAGAUGAGAGAUGCUCUUUGGACAAAAGUGCCGCAUGAAUACAGCAAUUAACCUUUUUCCGCAAUUUUGAAAGUAGAUGAAUAAAAAGUGAAGAUGUGUUUCCUUCAAAACAUAUUUACUGUUGCAAAUUAGUUGCAUAUAAGCAGCAUUUCUAAGAGGCAACCAGAAACAGCCCUGUGUUGCAAUUGUGGCUGGAUUGGUGAUGGUGCGUUGGUGUAAGUACUGGUCAGAGAUUGAAACACAAUUCAUACAUUUGAUAUGAGUGACAGAAGGUCAUCACUGUGACAUCUUUUUUCAUGUAAUGUGAGGUAAACAGAAAUGAAGCAUUUACGAUGUCAUGGAAUCCAACAGGGAUGUUUGGCCAGUGCAGCAUCCUGUCAGAUGGUGUUAAGUGGCGCUGAUGCAAACGAUCAUUAUUUUGUGACUGGCUCCCCUGUGUGAGGAUUUACAGGGCAGUAUCAUUUCUUACCAUAUGAACUCCGAGGGUCUUCAUACAGUUUUGUGAUGCAUGUUUGAUAGACUCAGGUGUAACACCUUUCUCCAGAAUAAUUGUCCCUGUUGAUCAGUGAUCCAAUGAACGCUGUCAACUAUUUUUCUAUGAACUCAUCAAUAAGCUGAAAGUCGCUCCAGAAGCAAACCUUUCGCGGCAUAACAAGGACAUUGAUUCUGGAGAGAUGUGCGACUCUUGAAUUUUUCAGCAACGCCUGCUUUUUUUUAAUGACUCGAUCGCCCGGAACAAAUUCAGUUCACCUCUGUGGUAUUGGGGCGUAGAAGAAAUCUCAGAGACAAAAAUAUCUGCGUGUUAAGAUACCACUAGAGGUAAGUUAGAAGACAUGUUUUGGCGUAACAGACCCUUUAAAUCUGCAUGAGGCGGAGAUGCAUCAAGAGGUUAAAAACGUCCUUUAAAAGAAAAAAAAGUCAAGUUGUUCAUGCCUGUCCAAAGGAACCCGUGAACUCAAAGUUAGUGGCAGAGAGAGCAGGACUCACCAGCAUCUCAUCCCUUUGGUUCAAACCAGCCUGGUUGGUAAAUGUGCACUUUACUAACAAUGCAGGAUUUCUGCGUAUUGUAGAUCAAACGCUUCCAUUUUCACUGUGUUUUUCACCACCUUUGUGUAAAGUUGCCUCGUUCGACUCCAAUGGAACAUUUAUGUUGUUCCGUGGUUGCUUUCAUUUACUGUUGAUUUCCUUUAUAAACCCACAGCACUGAGUUUUUUCUUCUUUUUUUUUCUUGUUCAGGAGUUUAAACAGUGAAAGAUCUUCCUUCCUCUGCAUUUUUCGGCUGUAUAAAUAAAUAACUGUCAUGAGAGCGGGUGUUUGUUUGAAUCUCUACCAAUAAAUUAUUCACCUUCACCUUAAAAAAAUAUCACAGUGCUCCUUUUUCACGGUGACAGUCAUCCCCUUUUUGUUUGGUUCGUGUUCAUGGUGGUUUUAUGAUUCUCAAUCAGACAACUGACAUGUAAAGUAUUUGUAAAGUCUAUUUCCUACUUGACCCUGACAGAAAAAGAUACUUUCAUUAAAUAAAGAUGUUUCUAAGUAA